AUAAAGCUGAUUGAUAUUAAUUAUGACAGGCGGAAGUGAGGGGCACUCCUUUACUCCAUUACUGAACAUCCCCUGCUUACCCAACCCAACCCGUCGGAGGAUCACUCCACUCUCACUGAGGGACGCGCCUUUACACACACGAGGAGAAAGAGAGAGGAGAGAUAGAUGCAGGUAUUACAGGAGGUGGGGAGGGCGGCGCUGAGACACGGCCGUCCAGUGGGACAAGGAGAACACUAGUGGGGAUGUUCUGCGGCGCUGCUGUCUUUCCCCAAGCACAUUUACGCCGCUACUUAAUCGGAACGUAGACCCAGGUGUACCCUGCUCCUCUUCCUCCUCCUCCACAGACCUACUACCGCCUAUCCCAGUUUCCCACGCGCCAGGGCAGGAAUAACAAGAGCACAGUUAGAUGAACGCGCGCGCUGCUUCUCUGUUCCGGUGCGCCGCUGUGAAUGUGACGCCGGGUCCACAGCCAGCGCAGAUGACCUAAAAGCACGCCGCUCUCCCGGCUCCAUAAAGAGAAGGCUUAUUGACCACCAUGGCUGACCAGUACAGUAUGUUUCUCACCACGGCGCCACCUCUCCGGCGAGGGAGCACGCCCCUGCCCGUCAAGCACCAGCUGCGGCGAGAGGAGGCCGUAUCCGACGACUGUGAUUGGAUACCGGGCCUGGAGGAGCCCACCAUGUUGCCUAUCAGUGACACAGCGGUGCCUCGAGACGACUCCUUCAGCCAGCUGGCGGCGUCCCAGCCGACGUACCAGAGCCACGGAGGGGCGCUGAGGAUAGUGCUGCUGGGACAGAACGGCGUGGGCAAGUCGUCGCUUGCCUUAUCCCUGGCCGGACAGUCGGACAGAUCGCUCUCUAUAGACUCUGAGACGCAAGCUUGUGGUGAGGGCUAUGAGUGCACGGUGACGGUGGACGACGAGGACAGCAAAGUCAUCAUUUUUGACAACUGGAAACAGGACCUGUCCACUCUGCAGUGUGACGUGUGUAUCUUGGUGUUCUCAGUGACCGACAGGCGAAGUUUCCACCGCACCGCCCAGCUCCGCCUCCUUCUCAGGGAGUCCCAGCCACAAACGCCCAUCAUCCUGGUGGGCAACAAGAGCGACCUUGUCCGGUCCCGGGAAAUCAGCUCAGAGGAGGCCCAAUCCAGCGCCAUGAUGUUCGACUGCGUCUACCUGGAGCUCUCCGCCUCUUUGGAGCACGGCACGAACGAGCUGCUGGAGGCGGCGGUGCGGAGCGCGAGAGGGGACUGCGUGGGCCCCGGGUGGACGGACGGCGACCCGGCAGCGGGACGCCGGGAGAGCCUGACGAGUCGCGCCAAGCGCUUCCUGGCCGGGCUGGUGCCCCGCUCGUACGGGCGCGACCGGGAGCGCGGCCGCUACCGGGAAAUGAGCCGCCACCGGGGCAGCAAGAUCCUCCGGCAGAAGUCCCGGUCCUGCCAUGACCUCAGCGCACUGUGACCCGCGAACACAGACGGGGACGAAAACACACUCCACAUUAACACAAAAAUAUAACAAACUGAAAGACUUUUUUUUAGGAGGCGGGUGGGGGGUUUGUAAAAGACAAGAGCAAAACAGGUGAGUGGAAGAAAUCGGAUGAUGUGCAAGAGGUUUGAUUACAGGGUGAAACGCGGGAUGACAAGGGCGAGAAAGAUGAGAGGUGAAUGAUUACAGCAGACAGCCUCAGGUGGCGGUGAACCAUCAGCGAAGGCAAUUUUGGGACAAGCGGAUGAGGAGGUGGGCUGCCUUUCAGCUCCAGGUUUCGGUGAAUCAGCGAUCGCUCAUUACCUGAACGGAUCGGGAGAAAGAAAAUCAGCAGCAGAAUCAAGGUGCCGACUUUAAAGCCUAAUCAGGCCGAUGGACGGAUGAAUGGAGUCACAAACACACACCCAGGUAGCACGCACCAAUGUAGAGACUUAUAGCAUUUUAUUAUGUAUACUUGUUAAAAACAAUGUUUUAUAGCAUGCGUAUUAACAGGAGCUAACCCUAUAGGUUUUACAGUGCCCAGUUUCUUGACUUUACAGUACCUCAGUGGCCAUUAGCAAAUGCACAAUCCCAGUAGUGUUUGAAACGAUGCCAACCCAAAGGCAAGACUAUUAUUACACGUCCACACCAUUUUUCUGUCCGCACUGCUGUUGAGGGUUUGUUUGUUACCAAACCACAGCAGCUACUGCAAUCAGUGUGUUCAUCUCAGACUUUUAUAUACCAGGUUAACACAUCAGCACUCAAGCCAUAUUGUUGCUGAAUGCACAGUGGGCAGCCAGCACAGCGAACCCUUUACCGCAAGACGCGAGGCAAACGAUGAAAGAAAAGGCGACUGAGGCGAGACUCUUUGAACGACGCUGAGUCACGGACCACAGGGAGGCUCUUGGAGGAUAAACACGAAAAACAAAUCUACCUGUGGCUGUUUGAUGUUCUCUAUUUUAUUGUUUUGUUUAUUCUUUUUUUUUUAAAGUUACCUGUUGGAACUUCUAAAUGUGACUGAUUUCUUCAGGGGUUUAGAUCCAGAGGACGCUCUGGGAACGUUGUUGAGAUUUCUCCUGGAGCGUGCCGGCGUCACCGACACACACACACACAUCCCCGCUCGUUUGUCACCGUCCAAUGAGCACUCUCAUCCCCUCCACUGGGAAUAAAUACGGUUUGGUUUGACAUCUUUA